UCGCGCGACCGCACAUUAAGCGGCUCUUAGUCGAGCUACAUGCUAGUUUAGUCCAGCUAUUACGCCCAUUAGCCACGUCCGUCUAAGAGAAAUUCCAAAAAAGUAUAGCAGAUUUUAGUCGGACUAACGCAAUAAUUCGGAUUUCUGAGGCGUCGUUGCAUGUGAGAGUGACUCGAAAGGACCGGAUCAGAGCGACAGGUGAAGAAGUUUGGCGACCAAGUUAGACACCAGGGGAGGAGAGUCAGAGUUGGACCAAAGGUGUUGGAGAUGAAGAAGAGGAGGACAACCAAUGAGGUCCACGGUAAAGGAGGACAGGAGCAUGUGACUGGAGGAUGAUGACGACAGAGGAAGGUGGGGGACCUGCUGAGGGGAAAUGCCCAGAGAAGAGCGGGCGGCUGGUCUCCCCUCGCCUCCGACACCCAUCAGUGGCUGGAAGUGGACCUGGGCGUGCGGACAGCCAUCACGGCGGUGGCCACUCAGGGGCGCUACGGCAGCUCCGAUUGGCUGACGUCGUACCUUCUGAUGUUCAGCGACACGGGACACAACUGGAGGCAGUACCGACAGGAGGAGAGUGUCGGGUCUUUUCCAGGAAACUCCAACGCCGACAGUGUGGUUCAGUACAAACUUCAGCAGGCGACGGUCGCCCGCUUCCUCAGGCUCAUCCCGCUGGGCUGGAACCCUAACGGACGCAUCGGACUCCGACUGGAGGCCUACGGCUGCCCCUACACCUCCGUUGUGGUCAGUUUCGACGGCAGCGGCGGUGGCGGUGUGACGUACCGGCCGAGCCCGGCGAUCAAACCGCCGCCCAGAGAAGUGCUCAACUUCAAGUUCAAAACGAUGCGGAACUCGGGGUCGCUGCUGCGUGCUGAGGGAGAGGCAGGCCUGGGACUCAGUGUGGAGCUGGAGAGAGGAAAACUGCUGCUGCUCCUCAGGACAGGUGGAGCUUCUGACCCUCGACGUCUCAUCUCCCUCGGCAGCCUUCUGGACGACCAGCACUGGCACCGAGUCGCUGUGGAGCGACGUGGCUCUCUCCUGAACCUCACCGUGGACAAGCACGUGGAGAAGAUCAAGAUCCCAGCAGAGUUUGACCACUGGAACGUGCAUCAGCUGAAUGUGGGAGGCUUCCCGAAACCUCACCCGACCAACAAGCCCUUCCACGGCUGCCUGGAGAACCUGCAGCUCAACGGCAUCAGCCUGAUAGACCUGGCGAAACGCGGCGAUCCGCAAGUCACGACGACGGGCAACGUGACCUUUGCUUGCGCCGAACCCGUCUCCGUGGCGCUCACCUUCCCCGGCCCGCGGAGUUUCCUGCAGCUGCCGGGAGUCGGGGACGAGUCUUCUGGGAGUCUGUCCAUGGGCUUCCAGUUCAGGACGUGGAAUAGAGGCGGACUCCUGCUCACCUUUCAGCUGCCGCAUCGAGGGGGCGUGGCCUGGCUGUACCUGAGUGAAGCCAGGCUGCGUCUUCAGAUACACAAAGGCGGUCGAGCUCUGCUGGAGCUCAGCACAGGUUCUGCUCUGAACGACGGUCAGUGGCACUCAGUGGAGCUGAAGUCCAGACGUGGACGUCUGACGCUUACGGUGGACAGAGAGGACGGGUCCGGCGCCCAGGCCAGCCCCUCCUUCUCCGUGACCAUGGAAGGCCACGUCUUCUUCGGCGGGUGUCCCGACGACGAGCACGAGUGCAGGAACCCCUUCAACGUCUUCCAGGGGUGUCUGCGGCUGCUGACUCUGGACCAGUCUGCCGUGGACCUGAUCCGAGUGCAGCGGAAACAGCUGGGCCGCUACAGCGACCUGCAGUUCGACAUGUGCGGGAUCCUCGACAGGUGUUCCCCGAGUCGCUGUGAACACGGUGGACACUGCACUCAGUCCUGGACCAACUUCCACUGCAACUGCUCCGACAUCGGAUACAGUGGCGCCACCUGCCACAGCUCCGUGUACCAACAGUCCUGUGAGGCCUACAAACACCAGGGCAACACGUCCGGACACUUCUACAUCGAUGUGGACGGGAGUGGACCGAUCAGACCGCAGCUGGUGUACUGCAACAUGACAGAGGAGACCACCUGGAUGGUGAUCAGGCACAACAACACGGAGCUGACCAGAGUGCGAUCCCGAGCGAAUCCACACGUCGUCCACUUCAACUACGCGACGGAAGAGCAGCAGCUGUCGGCCGUCCUCGGCCAAUCAGACCACUGCGAGCAGGAGCUGUCGUAUCAGUGCAGGAAGUCCCGCCUCCUCAACACUCCAGAGGGCUCUCCCUCCAGCUGGUGGUCCGGUGGUCCCAGUCCUGGUCGUCGCCAGAGUUACUGGGCCGGCGCUCAGCCAGGAAGCCAGCAGUGCCGGUGCGGCCUGCAGGGCGACUGCGUGGACCCUCAUCACUACUGCAACUGUGACGCCGACCGCUCCGACUGGAACGAAGACUCGGGUCUGAUCACCCACAAGACAAGUCUGCCCGUCAGGUCUUUAGUCUUGGGCGACGUCAACAGACCUGGGUCGGAGGCGGCCUACAAGGUGGGCCCGCUGCGUUGCCACGGAGACAAGAGUUUUUGGAACGCGGCCUUCUUCGCCAAAGAGACGUCGUACCUCCACUUCCCCACCUUCCACGGCGAGCUCAGUGCCGAGAUCUCCUUCAUGUUCAAGACCACGGCGUCUGCCGGGGUCUUCUUGGAGAACCUGGGCAUCAAGGACUUCAUCCGGAUCGAGCUGAGCUCCCCCACCCAGGUCCUCUUCUCCUUCGACGUGGGGAACGGGCCGCUGGAGGUCCGCGUGGACUCGGACGUGGCUCUGAACGACGACCGCUGGCACCAGGUCCGAGCUGAGAGGAACGUGAAGGAGGCCACGCUGAGGCUGGACCAACUUCCUGUGGCCACUCAGGAGGCUCCUGCUGACGGGCACUUCCACCUGCAGCUCAACAGCCAGCUCUUCAUCGGGGGAACGGCGUCCCGGCAGAAAGGCUUCCGCGGCUGUAUUCGCUCGCUGCAGCUGAACGGAGCCACCCUGGACCUGGAGGAGCGGGCCAGGAUCACACCCGGGGUCCACCCAGGCUGCCCGGGCCACUGCAGCAGCUAUGGCUCCCUCUGCCGCAACCAGGGGCGCUGCGUGGAGCGGGACAGCGGCUUCAAGUGCGACUGCAGCCGCUCGGCCUACGUGGGCGUCUUCUGCCAGACAGAGGUGUCGGCCAGCUUCACGCCACAGACCUCGGUCAGCUACACCUUCAAGGAGCCGUACGAGUUGAUGAGGAACAGCAGCGCUGCACCGUCCUCCAUCUACUCCGACGUGACGCUGCGCGGAGAGAACGUCUCCCUGAGCUUCAGGACCAGCCAGAGUCCAGCUCUGCUGCUCUACGUCAGCUCCUACUACCGAGAAUACCUGGCUCUGCUGGUCAACAAGCACGAAAAGUUGGAGGUUCGGUACAAGCUGGACAGCAACAAAGACGCCGACGUGUUGAGGAGUCGAGUGAAGAGUCUGGCCGACGGGCAGCUUCACUCUGUCAUCAUCCAGCGGCAGAGCCACAGUGUGUUUGUACAGAUCGACCAGAAUCCUGGGGAGGAGUUGAACCUGACAACAGAUGGAGAAUUCAACGCCAUCAAGUCGCUGGUGCUGGGCCGAGUUCAUGACUCCGAGGCGCUGGACCCGGACCUGACCCGUCUGGCCUCGCUGGGCUUCACCGGCUGUCUGUCGGUGGUCAACUUCAACUCCGUCAGUCCCCUGAAGGCUGCUCUGCUGCACCCGGACAGCAGCCCCGUCGUCCUCACGGGGCCCCUGGUCCAGUCCAGCUGCGGGUCCUCGGGGGCCGGUGACCCCUACUCUGCGGAGAACGUCCACCGACUGUCAGACCAGUCGGGGUCUCUGGGUUCAGGUCAACCUCUAGUCAAUGCCAUGAGGACCGACUCUGCUCUGAUUGGAGGAAUCAUCGCCGUGGUCAUCUUCGUGACUCUGACCGCUCUGGCCGUCGCCGCCAGGUUCCUGUACCGGAGGAAAGAGACGUAUCGGACCCAGGAGGUGAAGGAGGUCCAGCCGGAGGACAGCCAGGAGUUCCCCUUCAACAACCAGACGGAGCCCCAAAACCCCCACAGGCAAAACCCAAAGGAGUAUUUUAUUUGACGUGGCCUCAGGACACUGCACAGACAGUGGACGGCAAAACUGUUGUACAUUCACACCCAGUGAAGAUUGGAGUGUAAAUACUGAACCACCCUUACGUCCCGGUACGAUCCUGGGGCGACAUGUUGCUGUGUUUUUAAGAUAAAGACAGGGACGGACGAUGCUUCUGUGGAACACACGGGGAAACCAACGCUGCGUCGCGUGAUGGACACUUGACGUUCACACACAGGUGUUUCAGAAAUGUGACACUCAUGAACUGUCCUUGCUUGUCUAGUCCAAACAUUAUGGUACAGAAUCUUAAAUAACUGCACCUUUAUAAAAGCUUUUAUUGUGGCUAACAGCGAGUCUAGUUCCGUAACUCAAGUAGACAAGCAACUGCGACGUGUCAUUUGUCCUACUCCGACAGGCAAGAAAGAAACUUUACGAUGUAAAUGCGAUCAAUUUUCUUGCUCCUCUCUUUCAGGCAUUAAGGGCGUUUCCGAUAAAGGAUAACUCAGUCAAGCUAGUUGUUGAAAAAGUAAGAUAAUAUUUGUGUAAAGUUUUGCUUGAUUAGCUUUGUGGCUGAUAGGUGUUAGCACCGUAAACCCUGGAAAAGACAAGCAAUGAAAUAAGGAACGUGUCCUUGAAGGUGUUUUAUACUGAAUUUCUGUUCAAAAGAAAAGACGAUGAAAUGUAUGUGGAUUUCAAUAUUUGUGAAUUCUGUUGUGUCAGUUUUCUUUCUCGUCUACUCCAGACAUUACGGUUAAGAAUAUUUUCAUGGGUAAACGCACCGACUCCCCACCAAAACAGUUGUUACCAAAAUGCUGUGAAUAGACGCGCGAGAAAGAUCGGCUGGUUUCUGGGCGCAGAAGUCGUGUUCCCGCCUGGAAACUUUUCUUUUCUACCUAUUUUAUAUUAAA